CCAAAUACCACUUUUGAAAGUAUCAAAUACUAUUCCCAAGUCUUUAUUCCUUUUGAGUGGGCAUUCAACCACUAAUUCUACAACAAUUGUAUCAUGUAGUGAGAAUCUCCUAUUUUUUGUAAAGACAUGACCUCCUCGUUAGAAAUAGAACUAGAGGCGUCUCAAUCCCUUCAAAGCUUAAACAUAUCACUCCUGCUCUGCCUCUGAGUUCCAGCAGGAUGCAGCACCAUGAAGGUGGGAAUGGAAAAAUCAACCUCACAGUACACAUCUUGGCUGCGUCCUUUGUUGGGCUUCUGGCUGCUGCUGCCACGAGCCGUUAUCGUCGGAAAAAGUCGUCUAAGGCGUUGAGAGCUCCAAACAAUAUCUUUCCACGGCUAGAGAGGACGGAAUCCGGCCGCGUCGGACAUAUCGAAAAAUUCUCCCAUUAUGUCGCUAGGCAACUAGGAAUUUUAGAUGCAAAUGAGUGCCCCCAGCUGUGCAAGUUAGCUUAUGACUACUUGAGAAAAACGAAAGGGUGUGAAGAUAACAUCUACGAAUAUUUCGCUUUAGAAGCAGAUCCAGAUUCUCUCUACAUAAAUUUGAUUGAUGAAUUUGAUAGAUGCAUCCUUAGCUAUUUUGCAUUUCACUGGAGCCAAGCUACUAUAAAGAUUAGUCAGGUUUUGAAUGUAGAGACUAAGAAGAAAACGAAGCUCAAAGACAUGGUAUUGGCAGCUACCAGGAAAGAGAGAUUUGAGAGGAUCAGCAAGGAGCUAAAGAUGACAAGGGUGUUCUCUACGCUGGUAGAUGAAAUGAAAGCCAUCGGUAGCACUUCAAUAAAGGGAGAAUCACAAUGUACGGACGUGAUGAAGCCGGUGGCCCAUAGUGAGAGGAGUCCCGUGCUUCUUCUUAUGGGUGGUGGAAUGGGGGCUGGCAAAAGCACUGUCCUCAAAAAUAUUCUCAAAGAGUCAUUCUGGUCUGGAGCAGCAGCAGAUGCUGUGGUAGUAGAGGCAGAUGCUUUCAAAGAGACAGACGUCCUUUACAGAGCCCUUAGCUCUAGAGGUCACCACAGUGACAUGCUCCAAACUGCUGAGCUAGUGCACCAAUCAUCUACUGAUGCUGCAUCAUCGCUUCUAGUGACUGCACUUAAUGAAGGAAGGGAUGUGAUCAUGGACGGCACUCUAUCAUGGAUGCCCUUUGUUGAGCAGACAAUAGCCAUGGCCCGGGAUGUCCACAAAUGCCGCUACAGAAUGGGGGUCGGUUACAAGGUGGAGGAAGACGGCACCAUUACCGAAAACUAUUGGGAACGAGUGGACGAUGGAGAGGAUCAUCAGGAUCAGCAGAAGAUAGAUAAUGGAGAGGAACCCAGGAGAAAACCCUACAGAAUAGAGUUGGUUGGAGUUGUUUGUGAUGCUUAUUUAGCUGUUGUUAGAGGCAUCAGAAGGGCAAUCAUGGUUGGGAGGGCAGUGAGGGUGAAUUCGCAGUUGAAAUCCCACAAGAGAUUUGCUAGUGCAUUUUAUAGAUACUGCCAGCUUGUUGAUAAUGCCAGGCUCUACGGCACCAAUGCUAUGGCUGGCCCUCCAAAGCUGAUAGGAUUGAAGGAUGGAGACAACAAUUUGCUAGUCGAUCCGGAAGAGAUAAAGUGCUUGACAAACUUAAGCAGUUUAAACUCUGAGGCAGAAUCCAUAUACGAGCUUAAUAUGCAGAACCCAAGCCUUAUCCUCGAGCCUGGUUCCUUCUGGAGAGACAUUGUCUUGUGCCCUUCAAGGCCAAACCUUCAGCUGAAGCUAAAGGGUACCAUUAAAAAAAUUGAAAUUUCAUACACUGCUACCAAUUAGGUUAACAGUGUUGAAUCAUCUACUUAAUUCUUGUGUUAAUUUCGUGUUUAUUGAAAAUUCUGUACAUGCAAAAAUGAAUAUAUAGUUCAUUAAUUGCCAUCAAAUAUCAUAAUAAUUCUCUCGUCCAA